AUGUCGGAAGAUACAAUAGAGUUGUCGCCAUUCGGGAAAAAUGUCAGAAACCAAGGCGAGAUGAAUCAAAGAGACCUCAGUCACAGUGCCGACGAUGGUAUAUUGUCGAAUAAUACCAGCGGAAGACGACAAAUGGAGAGAAAAUUCGGGUCGCUCUCCAUUUUGGCCCUAUCAGUCACACUAUUAGCAUCUUGGGAGUCCAUCGCUAGCGGAUUCUCCCCUGGUCUGCGCAAUGGAGGACCAGCAGCCUUGGUCUGGGGAAUGGUAUUAUCCAUGACCGGAACAAUGGCGCUCGCCUUGUCGCUGGGUGAAAUGGCGUCUAUCUGCCCGCUCGCGGGAGCCCAGUAUCACUGGACUGCGCUUCUAGCACCGCCCAAGAUCAGGGUAUUCACCACUUGGAUGCAGGGCUGGAUUACAGUGUUCGGGUGGCAGGCUGCUGUGACCAGCAUCUGCUUCCUCGUCGCCACGCAAAUUCAGGGGUUGAUCAUUCUGAACCAUCCGGAGUAUAAUCCUCAGCGCUGGCAUGGAACCUUGCUGAUGUGGGCUGUAAUGCUGUUCUCGUUUUCCAUGAAUGUCUUUGCGGUUCAGAUCUUGCCUUUACUCCAGCUGUUUGGCGGGCUGAUGCAUGUGGUGAUUUUUAUCGUGCUGGUUGUUCCUCUAGUCCUGCUAUCGCCGCGGAGCACAGCUCAGUUUGUUUUCACCGACCUCUUGAAUCAAGGCGGAUGGAGUAGUGACGGCGUGUCGUGGUGCCUGGGAAUGUUGACCGUCACAUACUGCUUUACAGGAUUCGAUGGCGCCAUCCAUAUGAGCGAGGAAGUGCGCAACCCAGCCAGAGUUAUCCCUCGGAUUCUCAUCCAAACCAUUGCCAUCAACGGCACUCUGGCGUUUGUCUUCACUCUGGUCCUGCUGUUUUGCAUUGGGGACGUUAGCAACGUGUUACACACAUCGACCGGCUUCCCGAUUAUCGCCAUCUUCCACCAGACCACUGGCUCUGUAAGGGCGACAACAGUCAUGCAACUCACCAUCACGAUUCUCGGCUUCGUUUCCAACAUCGCCGUCGUCGCAUCUGUCUCUCGUCUGACCUGGGCCUUUGCCCGUGACGGCGGCCUGCCUUACUCCAAGUUCUUCGCCAAAGUUGAUGGAAGAUACCAGAUCCCCUUCCGCGCCGUCUGCCUCGUCUGCUUCACGGCCAUUCUCCUAUCCCUCAUCAAUAUCGCGUCAACCACCGCCCUCAGCGCCAUCCUUGCCCUCACCACCAGCUCUCUGUUUAUUUCCUACCUUAUCCCGAUUUUCAUGAUGACCUGGAAGCGCCUCCGAAAGGAGCCGAUCAACUUCGGCCCGUGGACGCUUGGCCGCUGGGGCCUGGCCAUCAACAUCUACGCCAUCGUUUUCGGCCUCUUCACCACUACUUUUGUUUUGUUUCCGACGGAGAUCCCCGUGACCGCAACCAAUAUGAAUUACAGCGGCCCGGUGUUUCUCGGAGUGACUAUCCUGUUGGUUUUUGAUUGGGUGGUGAGGGGGCGGGGGAGGUAUGCUGGGCCCUUGAAAGAGUUGAUCCUGCACGCUGGUCAGCAAGAUAGGCAGUAA